GUAAUUUGGUAGACAAACUUGGUCCCCUUAGUUUCAUGCUGGAAAACUUUUUGUACAAUUGGACCACAAAUCUUUAUUCUUUGUUUUUCUUCCACCUGUUAUAAACCAAGCUUUUUGGUUAUAAACAUCUUCAUAUUUGAAUUUGGCACAAAUCUAAGCCAUCAUAAAUACACAACACUGAAGAGUGCCUCUAAUGGGUAAUAACAAGUUCAGAUUCUCAGAUAUGAUUCCAAAUGCUUGGUUCUAUAAGCUCAAAGAUAUGAGCAAAUCAAGGAAGAGGAAUGGAUCUCAUCAUGUUUUGAAGAACAACACCAGUAGCAAGGUUACUUCACCAACAACAUCACAAAGGUCACAUCCAAGGUGUUCGAAUUAUUUCCCCAAUGAAGCUUUUAUAAGAGCUGGUAAGUUAUACAACAUCCCAAUUCACAAUAAUAAAGAGUUUUUUGGUGGAACCAUUCCAUGUCCAUUGAUUGAUUCUUCACCAAGAAUGUCAUCAUCAAAGAGAAGGUCUAGGAGGAAAACCAUUUACAAGCCUUCUCCAACUGUUGUUUCUUCUUCAACUUUCAUGGUCAAUUCUAAUUUUGAUUCGGCACACAACAACAUUCAGUCACCAAAUUAUGAUGCUUCUUCCGUUGAAAGCUCUUCUGAAUCUGAUGAUGAUUUCCAUGAAUAUGUCUACUCUGAGUCUGAAUGUGAAAGCUUUUCAGUUCCGGAUUUGCUUAAUGGUAUAGACUCCAAUUGCAGCUGCAGGGUUAGUUCUUCAACAAAUGACAUCAUAAUUGACAUGAACAGUGAACAUUUCAAGGGGGAUAUGAGCAAGAAAGAUGGGCUUGAGACGAUUUCGCAAUCAGGCCUUGCUCCUAUAUUGACAAAGUCAGAGAGGUUUGAUGACAAGGUCAUUGAGUCCGAAGCCGCCGAGUCUAGGAGAAGUUCAACUGAAUUGGAUGAUGAGUCUCUCAAUGUCAAAUCCAGCAUAGAGGAAAGCAAUGGCAGAGAAUUUAGGCGGCGAAAGAGUGGUCAUGUAUCUCGCCGGCUGCCUACCAACUCUCCGUCCGGAAUAAAGCUAAGAGUCAAUUCUCCAAAACUAGCUAGCAGAAAGAUUCAAGCCUACGCAAGAAAGAGUGUUUCUUCCAAUGGAAGUAAGAGUUCAAGGAAUGCAGGGUUUCCGGAUGGAUAUGCUGUGGUUAAGUCCUCGUUUGAUCCGCAAAGUGACUUUAGGGAGUCAAUGUUAGAGAUGAUUGUCGAGAACAAUAUCCGUGCGUCAAAGGAUCUGGAGGACUUGCUUGCCUGCUACCUCUCCCUAAAUUCAAGUGAAUUCCAUGAUCUCAUUGUUAAAGCAUUUGAGCAGAUAUGGUUUGAUUUGGCUCAACUUAGAAUGUAAAUUUCUCAUAUAUUAAUUAUUAUCCGAUGUAUGUUUAUAUAAUCUUGUAACUACCAUAAUUCUCUCUAAAACUUAUG